GACUCUCAAGCACUGCACGAUGAUGUCCAAGACGAUUAUCGCCACCUUAGCCGUGGUCCUUUUGGGGAUAGUAGCAGCUGAUCCUGUUGCUGAACCGGAAGCCGAAGCUGAUCCUGGAUUUCACAGCGGAUUCCACAGAGGCUUCGGAGGAUUUGGAGGAUUUGGUGGCCAUUUCGGUGGACAUGGAUUCGGAUAUGGAGGCUACCGUGGAAAGAGGAGCCCAGUAGCUGAGCCUGAAGCCAAGGCUGUGGCUGUGGCUGACCCAGAAGCUGAAGCCGAUCCAGGUCACUUUGGAGGAUUCCAUCGUGGAUUCGGAGGAUUUGGUGGCCAUCAUGGAGGUGGCUUCUUGGGUGGAUUUGGAGGCCACGGAUUCGGAUAUGGUGGCUACCGUGGAAAGAGGAGCCCCGUAGCAGAACCCGAACCCGAGGCUGAGCCUGGAUUCGCUCAUGGAGGAUUCCAUAGAGGAUUUGGAGGUUUUGGAGGAUUGGGAGGAUUUGGUGGCUUUGGCGGACAUGGAUUCGGAUAUGGAGGUUAUCGUGGAAAGAGGAGCCCAGUAGCUGAGCCUGGAUUCGUUCACGGUGGAUUCCAUCGAGGAUUUGGAGGAUUUGGAGGAUUAGGCGGAUUCGGUCAUUUUGGGGGAGGUAGAUACUAUGGUUAAGACCCGAGUGCAAAACUACUUAGAAUUUUAAUACGAAUCUAAAUAAAGAAAACUACUAUAAGAAA